CCUGCUCGGGCCGGGGCAGCCUUCGCGGCGCGGCCGCCGAGGAGACGCCGCGGGACGUGUCCGCGCCCUACAGCCCCGGUUAUAUUCUCUGUUACUACAUUAAGUUUCCUUAGUGAGCAAAAUCAUAUGAGCUGGAGCAGCCUGGCAGGUGGCUGUUUUAAUGCAAUAGUGUCAUUAGCUGGCUGAAGACUAAACAUGAGAAUAGCAGGUGCUGCAAAGUUGGUAGUAGUCAUAGCAAUAUUUUUAUUGACGUUUUAUGUCAUAUCUCAAGUGUUUGAAAUAAAAAUGGAUGCAAACUUAGGCCACAUAUUUGCCAGAUCAGCAUUGGAUGCAGCUGCACGCUCUACAAAACCUCCAAGAUACAAGUGUGGGAUCUCUAAAGCUUGUCCUGAAAAGCAUUUUGCAUUCAAAAUGUCAAGUGGAGCAGCAAAUGUAGUUGGACCUAAAAUCUGUGUAGAGGAUAAUGUUUUAAUGAGUGGAGUUAAAAAUAAUGUUGGCAGAGGAAUAAAUAUUGCCUUGGUCAAUGGUAGAACAGGAGAAUUAUUAGAUACCAAGUUCUUUGACAUGUGGGGAGGAGAUGUGACACCACUAAUUGAAUUUCUGAAGACCAUCCAGGAUGGAACGAUUGUGUUAAUGGCAACAUAUGAUGACGGUGCAACCAAGCUUAAUGAUGAAGCACGGAAACUGAUCGCUGAAUUAGGAAGCACAUCCAUUACGAACCUUGGCUUCAGAGACAACUGGGUCUUCUGCGGUGGUAAAGGAAUUAAGACUAAAAGUCCAUUUGAACAGCAUAUAAAGAAUAACAAGGACACAAACAAGUAUGAAGGCUGGCCAGAAGUUGUUGAGAUGGAAGGAUGUAUCCCUCAGAAGCAAGAGUAAAUGAAAACAGAAGAAAAGGAAAAAGAAUAUGGAAGAAAAUGCACUUUCUGCUAUUAUUAGAGAGAGGGCUAUGAAGGCGACUGUACUGUAAAAAUUAUUUUUAAAGCAUGCAGCCAACUUGUCAGUGUGUGCAUGAGCACUGAUAUUUUGAAUAUUUGGAUUAUUUAUUGCUAACACAUAUAGAAAUUCUUUUUGUAAAUAUGUCCAAAAUAAAAGAAACAUCCAAUCAUUUCUAUGCAGGUUUCUUAAAAGCACAGUAUUUAGUUUGCCUGUGGUAAAUAAUACAUGUAGAUAACUGGCUAAUAAAUUAUGUAUGUGGACAAUAAACAGAUUGUGACAAAUGUACUGUCCUCUUAACAGUGCAAUGUUGCUGUGACUAUGUAAACUUGGUGGAAUAUUGUAGAUUUUAGUAAUACGUCAAUAAGGAGCUUUAAUUUUUUUUAUUCUCUGCCUUUUUAAUGGCAGCAUCAAUUUUUAUUAAAGCUAUUUGGUUAUUCU